CGAAUUUGGGAGAAGCCUGUUGGUGCCAGUUGCUGUUACUGGGAUCAGAGUCACAUGAUGGCUAACAUGAAUAACAUCCCGAUCUUUCUGCAGUCAGACCAAAAGCUCCAGCUGUAGAGUGAUGGGAUAACCCUGUACCAAGCCCAGAUGGUGCAGCGAAUGUAGCUCGUCAAUCCUCAAUUACACAUUCCAGUACAAUUCUCUGCUGGUGACACUAUGAUUGUACAUUCAAAUAACUGAACCGCUACAGUACUAAUUCUUUGAAACAAAACUCCCAAGCCAUAAACUGUUGUGCUGACCUUCUACAAUGACUGACCCUGCCCUCUGACCCAACAUACUUAACAAGUCAGGCUAUUUAAAAUAUUCUCCUUUUGGAGAAAACCAACACGAUUAACAUUUAAAGACAAUUGAAAAUGUCAGAGUCUCCAAAUAGAGACCCUCCUCUUGUGCAGCUUCAAGAAGUUGAUUCCAGCAGGGCAGGAGGCCGAGUCAUCUCAUCCAUCCUGACUUCUUCCUCCUCCCCAACCAUGCCCAUGGAGAGCCGUCCCAUCUGCAUUGCUUCACCCUAUACGGAUGUUGGUCAUGACUUCACCACACAUCCUUUCUACAGCCCUACACUACUGAGCUACAGUGGACCCCCUCUUGCCGAUUGCCCCUCUGUGGGUCAGUCACUCAGCCCUACGCUCUUCUGGCCCUCUCACAGUCACAUGGCAACUCUGGCAUUGCAUCGGCCGCAGGCGCACUGCCAGCAAAACCAGCUGAACAAUUGUACCUGGCAGGAGCUUGCACCUCGCAGUUACACAUCAGAGGACAGCAGCAAACCGAUGGGGAAGCGGUCAGUGGAGUGUGAGGAGAGUUUCAGCUCAGCAGAGAGUAAAUCAGAUAUGCACUUCUGUGCAGUGUGCAGUGAUUAUGCCUCUGGCUACCACUACGGUGUUUGGUCCUGUGAGGGAUGCAAAGCUUUCUUCAAACGAAGCAUCCAAGGCCAUAACGACUACAUCUGCCCUGCAACCAACCAGUGCACCAUCGAUAAGAACCGGCGCAAGAGCUGCCAGGCCUGCAGGCUUCGCAAGUGUUAUGAAGUGGGAAUGAUGAAAUGCGGCAUGCGCCGGGAACGUGGGAGCUACAGUCGUGGAGGUACACAGCAUAGAAGAAUGGCACGUUUUCCUGCCAGGGCAGUAACAAGCAGUCAAAGUCAGAUAGAGAGGAGAGGAUCUCCACCCAUCAGAGUGAAAGAAGCUUUUACAGCCACACUAAGCCCAGAGGAGUUGAUAGCUCGAAUCAUGGAGGCCGAGCCACCAGAAAUUUAUUUAAUGAAGGACAUAAAGAAGCCGUUUACAGAGGCCAACGUCAUGAUGUCCCUUACCAACCUAGCUGAUAAGGAGCUUGUCCACAUGAUCAGUUGGGCCAAAAAAAUCCCAGGUUUUGUAGAGCUUAGCCUUUUUGACCAGGUGCACCUGCUGGAGUGUUGCUGGUUAGAGGUGCUGAUGCUGGGCUUGAUGUGGAGAUCUGUUAAUCAUCCUGGAAAACUCAUUUUCUCACCUGAUCUCAUUCUCAGCAGGGACGAGGGCAGCUGCGUGCAAGGAUUUGUAGAGAUCUUUGACAUGUUGCUAGCGACAACAUCCCGAUUUCGAGAGCUGAAGUUACAGAGAGAGGAGUACGUCUGUCUCAAGGCCAUGAUCCUUCUGAAUUCUAACAUGUGUCUGAGUUCAGCUGAGGGAGAAGACGAGCCACACAGCAGAAUGAAGCUAAUGCAACUGCUGGACUCGGUGACGGACGCGCUGGUCUGGGCCAUCUCGAAAAUGGGUCUCAACUUUCAGCAGCGCUCUGCACGUCUGGCCCAUCUACUUAUGCUGCUUUCACAUAUACGCCAUCUCAGUAAUAAAGGUAUGGACCAUCUGCACUGCAUGAAAAUGAAGAAAAUGGUGCCACUGUAUGACCUGCUUUUGGAAAUGCUUGACGCCCACAUCAUGCACAGCUCCCGGCUGCCUAGCUCCAGCUCCAGAGAGACUGCUAUACCAAAGGAGAAUCAGAGGGUACAGGACCCCUACGGCUACUCUGAACAGCGGACGUCGUCAGACAGAGAGGGACAUAUGGCACUCAGCCAAAAUGUGCUCAAAAGUGACCUUAGCAUGGUGACGGCAGACUGAUCCAGUCCAGACAUCAUGAUGUUUUCUGAGAGCAGCUAUGCAACUCAAGAACAUCAUUCAGGACCUGAAGGCUCAAAGAACUGAACCAAAUCAAAACUGUAAAAACAUCCUACUUUUCCACUGUGAUUGUGCCUGGAUUACAGCUCCAUAAAAUCAUGACAUGACACAAGUCACUUUUGCACUGUAAGAUUUAUCAUUAGUCCAAAACAGGAUGUAUGAACGGCUGUAAACACCAUUUUGUGCCUGCACUAACUGUUGCAUUUGAGGCUGUUUUUAUAGACAGAUACCCAACAAUACAGCUUUAAAUUGAAUAAGAAGCCUGAUUAACAGAGUAACAUAGUCCAAGACACCUGUUGGCUUAAUCUACCAAACAUGCACUAAACAGCUGAUAGUUUUACAGUUUACUUUGUCUAAUUUUCAAGUUCACACUACACGACUUUCCAAGUCGUCAGGUCGCUGUACAGUUCACACUACACAACUGGAUCUCUUGUAAUCGGGAGUCUCUCAAGUCAGUGUGUAUUUCACACUACACGACUGAUCGGUGAUAGGGGGUUUCACACUACACGAUCUAUCACCAACUGGAAUCGCAGGCGAGCUUCUCUGGUCUCCCAAACUACGUUUUGUCAUGAAAACAAACAUGAGAAGUGACGAGGGGUUUAAUGAUACCACGUCCAAAAAUGCACGUCAACAAGUAGCGAGCGAUCAAAGUUUGUGCACUGAUGUGCAGCGUAAAAUCAAGUAGGAAAAAUAAAUGAGUGGAUUUGGCUACGCGAACAGCAUGGAUUGUUUGUUCUAUAGUGAGUUGAAGGUUAAUAAAUAUUUUUGCAAUGCAACGUUGGUGUUAUGUUUUGUAGAGAACGAUAAGGUCAGAAAUACUGUAAAGCUUGUGUGUGUACCGAUGUAUUCUGAUAUAAACUAUAUUAUGCCCUUGUCCCAUCUUUUUACGUCUCCCUUGCAUUUCCCCUUACACCGUAUCUUGCGUUCUCAUUGACUGUUCGACAUAGAACUCCUUGCCAGUUGGGCGACUCAGAUCCAGAUAUUUGACAUGCUAGAUAUCUCUCUUUGGUCGCAGAGCACUUGGUGAGUGCUUGGCAAGCCGCUCAGUUCGAGUUGUUGAGCAGUUCACACAUAGCGAUUGAGAGCCGAGUUUCAAUCGUCAAGCAAACACUGAGUUGCUCCCAAGCCAGCAAAUUUAGCGCCGACCAGUCGUCGAGCAAAAAUCAGGGCAAAAGUCAUGUAGUGUGAACUAGGCAUAAUCUAAACGGAGUGUACUGUUUCACGGUGGUGGAGAUAAAGCUCAUACAGCUCUGCUAGAAGCUAAAUUCCUGUUGGUAAUGGCCACAUUGCUUUGUACCUAAUUUGCAUGAAGUUAAACUAUUCUCAACUCCACCCACUUCAUGUCGUUAACAUUUGCUCCGCCUCUUUUCGCACUUGAUUCAAUUAAAAGUUAAUGACAGAUGGUUGCGUUGUUGUGUUGCUUCGCUGCCUCUCUGAACGUAGGGGAAUUACAUUUAUUCAAAUAUUUUUAUAUGUGUAAAGCAUACUACAUGAAUUUGGCAACAUUUGUUUUACAACCCCCAAAUCAGAAAAAUUUGGGACAGCAUGGAAGAAGCAAAUAAUAAAAAAAACACAAGAGUUUCUUACAUUUACUUUGACUGUACUGCUUUAAUGCUUUACUGUCCCAACUUUUGAAAUGCAGGAAUGAUGUCUAUUAAUAAAUUAAAUGAAGUUGAGCAGACAAAACUUGAAAUAUCUCAGGUUUAUCCUGUCUGCAGUCAAGUAAAAGUCAAAGUAAAUGUAAGGAACACUGCAUUUUUAUGUUAUUUGCAUUUUCCAUACUGUCCCAACUUUCUCUGAUUUGGGGUUGUAUGUCUAUAUUAUAUAUAUAGUCCUAUAUUGCAUAUGUUUUCCAUUUCUUGUUCAUAAUCUCCAUAUUUGUUCCACAUAUUAUGUUAUACCAGA